AUGGGGGGAGAAAAGGACUAUACAGUACCGCUCUUGAUCGGCGGCAAAGAAAAGAUCACCAGCGACACUUUCCCAGUCGUUUCUCCUGCAACCGGCGAGACUGUUCACCAAUGCAGCAACGCGACUGUGGCCGACGCCGAGGAGGCAGUCGAGGCUGCCGCUGCCGCUCUGAAUGGCUGGAAGCGCAAGACCCCAGCCGAGAGGCGUGGCAUAUUACUCAAGGCUGCCGAAAUCCUCGCCAAGCGCAAGGAGGAGCUCGCGAGCUACAUGGAGACUGAGACGGCUGCAUCUAAAGAUUGGGCCAACUUCAACCUCGACAACACCCACGACAUGCUCGUCGACGUCGCCGGGCGCAUCUCGGAUGCCGUAACAGGUGCCAUCCCGCCCACUCGGGAUAUCAACGUCAGUGCUAUGGUGGUCAAGGAGCCUUACGGUGUCGUCCUGGCCAUGGCCCCCUGGAACGCCCCUUACAUCCUCGGCAUGCGCUCAGUCCUGUUCCCUCUCGCCGUGGGCAACACGGUCGUCUUCAAGGGGUCCGAGCUGAGCCCCCGGACCAUGUGGGGUAUCUGCUCCGUCCUUGCCGAGGCCGGAGUCCCCGAAGGCGCUCUGAGCCUGGUCUUUUGCAGCAGAGAGACGGCACCCGCGGUGACCGAGACCCUCAUCGCCCACAAGCACAUGAAAAAGAUCAACUUUACCGGUAGCACGUCGGUCGGGCGCAUCAUUGGCCGCCUGUCUGGCGAGCACCUCAAGCCCCUCCUGCUCGAGCUUGGUGGCAAAGCACCGGCCAUCGUUUGGGAGGACGCUGACCUCGACAACGCUGCGGCGCAGUGCGCUCUUGGUGCGUACCUCGCGUCGGGCCAGAUCUGCAUGAGCACGGAGCGCAUCAUCGUGCACGAGGCCGUGGCGGAGCAGUUCCGGGGCAAGUUUGCAGCCUGCGUCAACAAGUUCUUCCCAUCCAGCGCCGACGCACCCGUCCUGGUCCAGGCACAGGGCGUCGCGAGGAACCACGAACUGCUCAAGGAUGCCCUCUCCAAGGGCGCCGAGGUGGUUGUCGGUGACGCUGAGGCCAAGGAAGCCAACGCCCACUCCAUGCGGCCUGUGGCCAUCCGCGGCGUGACUCCAGACAUGGAUAUCUAUAUGACCGAGAGCUUCGGGCCGACGGUGUCGCUUAUCGAGGUCAACAGCGAGGAGGAGGCUCUACGGAUCGCCAACGACACAGAGUACGGCCUGACGUCUGCCGUCUUCACCAACGAUCUGCGCAGGGCAUUACGGCUGGCCCACGGCAUCGAGACGGGAGCCGUGCACAUCAACAGCAUGAGCGUGCACGACGAGUCCGGCCUGCCCCACGGCGGUGCCAAGGCUAGCGGGUUCGGGCGGUUCAAUGCCGCCGAUGGAUUGGGCGAGUGGGUUCGGACCAAGAACAUCACCUAUCGGAUUUGA